UUUUAAACAGCCGAUUUGGUAAAUUUCUCAAAACCUAUCAUUGCGCCCCGUCUCCUCAAAGCCUAUUCAUUCAUUUUUCCCAAUUUUCUCUCUUGCUCGUUGAAAUGGGUCAGAUUCAGUAUUCUGAGAAGUACUUCGAUGACACUUUCGAGUAUAGGCAUGUUGUUCUCCCACCUGAAGUGGCGAAACUUCUCUCCAAGAAUCGGCUUCUUUCUGAAAAUGAGUGGAGGGCCAUUGGAGUUCAGCAGAGCCGUGGAUGGGUCCACUAUGCCAUUCAUCGACCAGAGCCACACAUCAUGCUUUUCAGGAGGCCACUGAAUUAUCAGCAGCAGCAAGAGAACCAGGCUUAGCUAAACCUGAUUGCCAAGUGAAAAUUUGAAGCUUGUAUAUCAGCCAAUGAUUCUCUCCUGUCAUCUUUCAUUUCCUCUAGAAAUGAAACAUAUUUUAUAUUAAAGAGAAAAAACAUUAGAAUCUAUGUUAUUGUGCUGUUGAGAAUCUUCCUACUAUAAUGGUUAUGGUGUUAAGUUGUCCAGAGUGCAUAAAUGAUACUCCAUAAAUCACUGUUGGUUGAUAUUUAUAUGAAAGUUUCUUUCUUUUCUGUUU